AUGGAUCCUCCAUCACCCUCUUCAUCCGAUGAUUCAAUCGAUCUCGACGACGCUAUUCUUAGUACAGUUGCUUUGACGGUUACUACUAUGAUUCAAGCCGCGGAAGACGAGGAAGAUCAACUUUCGCCUAGAAGAAGAACGGUUCUGGCAUACGCGCGAUUGGUCCGCCUUUACUUUGCCGAGCGACCCGUAUUUGGCGCGAGAGAUUUUAGACGGCGCUAUCGUAUGAGCAAGCGGCUAUUUUUGAGAAUUACAGAUGAUUUGGAAGAAAGGUAUCCAUAUUUUCAACAAAGAAUGGAUGCUCGUGGGAAGCUGGGUUUCAUGCCGAUACACAAGACUACCUCUGCGCUUCGUCAAUUAGCAUAUGGGUGUAGCGUCGACUUGUUUGACGAGCAUUUGGAGAUGUCGGCUAGGACUUCCAGGGAGUCGCUAAUUUAUUUUUGUAAAGCAUGGCGCGGUUCGCAUACCAGAGGGGAUGUUGGUAGACCAUCAUUGAUGCUUCAGGCGGUUGCGUCUACUGACUUGUGGAUUUGGAAUGCAUAUUUUGGUCAGCAGGGGUCCAACAAUGACAUCAACGUGUUUGAGGCGUCCCCAGUCUUGGAAGAAAUUAUAUCUGGCUUGACACCUACAGCGGGUUUUUAUGCAAACAACAACUACUACAAAGCCGGAUACUACUUGACAUAUGGCAUCUACUCUGAGUAUUCCACCUUUGUGAAGACCUUUACUGACCCGAUUGACGAAAAGAGAAAAUACUUUAAGAAAAAACAAGAAUCGGCGCGAAAGGAUAUAGAGAGAGCAUUCGGGGUUCUUAAAAAGCGUUGGAAAGUUGUUAGUUUUUCCUCACGGUUUUGGGACAAGCAGAGGAUGCAUGACGUGAUAUACGCGUGUAUCGCUCUACACAACAUGAUAUUGGAGGAUGAAGAUAAAGCUUUUUGUCAAGACUUCAACGAUGAAGACCCGACACUAGACCCGACGUAUUGGGAACAACAAACUUCAAUGGAGCAACGAAUCGCGAAUUAA